GGUUGAUUGAUUAGUCAUUAGUGAUUAGGGAAUGGUUACUCGUCAUUCGUGAUUGGCAAUUGAUUAGUGAUCAGUGGGGAGUGAUUGAUUAGGGUGGAGAAUGAGUCUUGACUAUCGGUAGUAGCGAGAGCUGUGAAGAGUGAACUACUGUAGUAAUUGCAUUGGCUAAUCACUCUCACUACCGGUAGCUGCCAACGCGGCAAGAGAUACACCAUUGGGUUUAUCGCUCCUGCAGUGAAUGGGGAGGGAAUAAGGAGAGGGGACGGAGGGGGGGGGGAAGGGGAGGGGGAGAGGGGAAGUGGGGGAUCAUAUAUAAGCCUUGCUUUGCCCCUCGACUGUGUUUCGACAGCGGGACGUCAACGAAAAUUUUCGGAGUCUGGAAGUUCGCAAUCGGAAAACGACAAAAAAUCGAACUUGGUCGGCUGCUAUAGGCGGAGACAAGGAAGUGGGCAUGAGAGAAGAAGGCAAUUGAUGAUCUGCGCACGGCACACGUGUGCAGAAGCUGGUGGCAUUUCGAGAAGAUCAUGUGGACAUAUAACCCUGCAAUGGUCAUGGUUACCAAAUCUAAUGAUGUCAUGGGGUCUGUGGUGAAACAAAGCAGGUGGUUGCUUCUUGCGCUCGCCAUUAUUUGUUUGCUAUUUUCGUCAAUGCACAUGACUCUGGCAACUUCUGUAGAGAAUGGAGAUGGAGAUGGAAAUGAAGAUGUGGCGUCGCUGCGGAGUGCAAGUGCUGCAUAUAACAUGGGAUGGAGUGCCAACCUAAUCGACGGGAAGGGAGAGGAGGAUCACCACCGUUUCGAAACCACGGAGAAUGAAGCGCCAGCUGUGUCGACUAUUAACCAGGAGGGUGAGAGGACUGGCGAUGUCGGCGAGGAGACGCCGCUGCGUAAACUAAUGCAGGCGACGAAAACGAUGGGAGCAUCCAACAAAAAACCGGUAUCUUGGUCAACAAUCCCUGCAUUUGGGCAGAGAAAAUUGGUCAAGAAUUAUGGUGGUCUGCAGGACUAUCUGGAGGAGGAGAAUGAACAAGGGAUCGUAAGAAGAGAAGAAAUAGAAGAUGCUUCGAGAGAGGGAGGAGGAGGAGGAAGAGGAGCUGAAGAGGAUGGAAAUGGAAAACCUGCAGGUUUGUUGAAGGUGGAAGUGGGUUAUAUGCAGCUGUUCGGAGAAGAGAGAACCUGGCAAAAUGUGAGGAACGUAUACUGGAAAGAUAUGUCUGGCAAAGCAUUGGAGCAGCUGGUCAGUGUUUGUGCAUCAUGUAGCGACCUGACCCUCUUUCGCCGCGCGGUGCAGGAUGACGUAUUCUGCAGCUCGCAGAAACAGCCCAAUAUAUCCCCUCGAUGUGGCACAAAAAUGACCAGCCAAAAAGAGUGUGAAAAGCUUCGUCAAGAUCUUCUAGCGGACCUCAAUCGGACGGGAGGGGGUGGGUGGUUCUCGCAUCCAGUCAUUCACCAGCUGCCCGUUCGCCCCGCACCCUAUGUUGCAAAGUUCCGAAAUGCUUAUGUGUCGAGAAAUGGACUGAUAUACAACGACGAUAUGGUUUUCAAUCCACGGGGCAACUGUCCCCGAGGUUUCGACUCUGUCAUUCGGCCCAACCUGGCGAGAACGCGCCAUCACUUUAAGAAGGUCUAUGUCGCCGAUCAUGUCUUCCCAGGAAUCCAUCACGAGCUGGCCGAGACCGCAGCACAGCUGAUGGGUUAUUACCGCGAGUUGAUGGAGGACGAGUCCAUUGUCAUUCACACAACUGGUGUGCCAACACCGCCGCCAGGUGUGAAGUACGAGGAGGGAGGCUGGUGGCCAAGGAAAUCGGCGAUAGAUUUGAUCGACUAUUUAGGGUUUAACGGUUCAAGAGUCGUGGCUGGUGAUGUAUACGCGGAGGAGGUCAUUAUAACACAGAUGUACUGCUGGUACAUGGAUGGAACUUUCUACUAUUACGGCACGAGAUUGCGUCGACUGAUGCGUGCUGUUGCAGCGUCAACACUUUCGAAGGGGAGACCGGCAGUCGAGGAGAAGAAGAACAUUUUAAGGAUACUGAACACACCAAGUUUCAAGCAAGAGACAUCUCCACUGCCCAUGGUUUUGGAGGAGAGAGUGAGGAUGGCAAUGGCGCCAUGGCAAUUGAUGGCUAUGGACACGGUUAAGGGAGUUGAUAAAGGAGCAGAGGUGGUCCAGGACUUUUCUCCUCUCCCGGGUCAAGGUACGAUCCUCGUCAUCAAACGUACUGGCAGACGAAGAAUCGAGAACCAUGACGAACUUGUUGCCGCGUUGAGGAAGGCUGUUGAAGAAGCAGCAAGAGCAGCAGCUGCAGUGGAGGAAGAAGAGGAAGCCCCUGAUGUCGAAAGACGAGGGGAAUUUUCCGCUGCCUCCUCUCACAAUCGUCGACGAGUGGUUGAGGUUUACGACGACAGCCUCGUGCGGGACACAGGUGAAAUUUGGCGUCUUUUCAUGAGGGCGGAUAUUGUUAUUGCUCCCCAUGGGGCGGGACUCACUAAUGUCCUUGCUUCGAGAAAGGGCACAGCUGUCUACGAGUUUAUGGUGCCCUAUGGUCUCACGUGGGACCUCACUCGUCUCUGCUGGUGCUAUAGGGAUAUGUCCUCCAUGCUUGGCCUUUACUACUACAGCGAUUUCCCUUCAAAACUGUCCGAUGAACGAGUGGUGUAUGAUGACGAAAAGAGAAGUUGGGUCCGGCGAUUGCUCUCCAUGACCAUUGAUGUCCCUAAGACCAUUGAAAAUGUUAAGCUCAUAUUCGAAGAGAGGGGUUGGGAACUUGGUUGACCAAUAAACUCGUGCCUAUACUUUUUCGUCUUUUAUUUUCUCCUAUUAACAAGUCCUGUUUAUUCACCAGUUGGUAUUUGUGUGAUGGACUCCUAUUGAUCCUUUUUUUUUUCCUUCCUGUUUUUCUUGGCCCUUUUUUUUUUUUUUUCCAGGUCCAGGGUGUAGUAGAGGGUGGUGGCCAGGCCUCAGGAGGUGCCCGUAGUACACAUCCAUUGGGAGGUUACAUGGAUUGCGAGGGACCCAGGGGAGUCGCCUGAAGGUGGCACCAUCGUACCAUGACCUAUGCUAAGAUCGC